ACCACUUUCUAACUUUUUCUCAUAACAACAUCCAUCGAGGAGCAAAAGGUCGAACUGAUCACUCGCUUCUGAGAGGAAUACAUGGCGUAGCGGCUUACUGGGUCUAACGGGAAACUAUACUGGAAGCGUCACUUCACCCUUCAGUUCUCUUCGACCUCUCUCGCCAGUCGCCAACUGUCACUGGCACUUCAACUUUUCACGCUACAUUCAAAACGGUCACCCCAGCAACCUACAACACCUCACUUCUACUCACUCUUCACCUCAUAAACCCCAACUCAACCUCACAUCGCACCACCACCAUGGCGCCCACACUACCACCUCCAAUCCCCAAGACCCGCAUCGGCGGCGUCCCCGGCGUCGACCGGGGCCGCACCCUCUUCUCCACCGAGCGCUUCGGCGCCGGCGAAACCAUCGCCAUCAUCGACAACCCUCUGCUCGCUCUCCCAGACGACGCCAACAUGCGGACGACGUGCAACUACUGCCUCUACGUCAGCGGGACGAUCGAGUUCGAGGGCGAUGUGGAAGCGGGGCCCAGGACGUGUAAGGCGUGCACGGGCUGCAAGGCGGCCGUGUAUUGCAACGCCGAGUGCCAGCGGGCGCACUGGAAGCUGGUGCACAAGGCCGAGUGCAAGAUGUUCAAGCGGAUCCGGGAGAGGACGGGCAAGGACUGGGUGCCGACUCCCGUGAGGGCGGUGGCGCAGGUGAUGUUGUUGUUGAAGGCUGGGGAUGAGGAGAUUGUUAAGGCGUUUGGGCCUGGUGGUACGUUGGAGAGUAAUGUGGAGGGGUUCAAGACGGAUGAGGAGUUGUGGAAGGACUUUGAGUUGCAGGCUACGGGCGCGGUGGUUUAUGCGGGUUUGUUGCAGUCGGAUGAGACGCUGAAGCAGGCCAUGGAGGUGCUGUGCAAGAUCCAAACAAAUGCGUUCAACAGGUUUGAUGCCGACACGGGACAGGCUGGCAUCUUCCUUCACCCCAGUCUUUCGAUGGUGAAUCACUCUUGCGUGCCAAACGCCUAUAUCACCUUCGAGAAGCGCAAAGCCUUUCUCAAAGCGGAAAGGGAUCUUGAACCGGGUGACGAGAUUCUGAUUUCAUAUAUCGAUCACACCGCCCCUCGCCGUGCAAGGCAAGAAUCACUUCGACUCUAUCACUUCCAGUGCAAUUGUAUUCGUUGCAAAGACGACUUGAAUGUCUACGAAGUGAUCCAGGCUUGCGGGGUCUCUCCGGGUGUCAAAUGGCUGAAUUCCUGCACUUUCCAGCCGGAUGUCGCCAGCCUGGUUCCUGCGUACAUUGAAAGAUCAAAGAAAAUUCCAAAAUCCAAGAUCGAGGAAAUACACUGGAAGUGUAUGGAACUGACCGUAAUGGGUCAGGGGGAUCCUAUUGAUCUUGCUCGAGCCAAGUGGAAGCUUUGCAAACCUCUUAUCGACGCUCAGCUGUGGGCUAUCGAUCCCCUUCCUGCUACAAUGCUCAACCUAGCUACCAUGUGGGGAGCUAACCGUACUACGUUGGUCAAGGCGCUUUCUCUGCACUGCUUCCUUGCGGUGGAAUGCUGGCCCUUCAAGUACACAGCAUCAUUCGCGCCCUUCAGGGUCAAAACCCUCAUGACGAUUGCAAAGCUCCUGUCCGCGGCAGGAGACAUGACCUAUAGCGGCGAUCUUGCUCGGUACUGCGACCACGAGGGUGUUAUUGGGGUUCUGGCAACCGUCGACAUAGUUUCUCUCACCGAGGUCAUCCUUCGACUGGUCAGGCAGAACGGUGUCAUAGGAGGUGUGGCAUCGUGGGACGUCUUAUUCGGAACCAAAGAAAUGUUGCGCGACAUCGGAGAUCUGCAGGAGCGUGACGAGAAGGACGCCGCUAUGGUCAAGCAUUGGGCAAACGAUUUGCAAGAUCCUGUGAGCAAGGCUUUCUGGGAGAACGUUGUGCUCAAGCCGAUCAAACAGCUCGCGAGUUUCGCGAUUGAGAUCAUCGAGGCUGAGCUGGGAGACAACAAGAGCCUGGCUCGGAAGUAAGCCCAGAAAGGAA